UCUGAACUGGAGCAGGAUAAUAAAAUGAGCGCCAGUAAUUUAGGUAUCGUGUUCGGCCCGACGCUGAUGAGACCCAAACCCACCGGGGCGACGGUGUCUCUCUCGUCUCUGGUGGAUUACCCUCAUCAGGCUCGCAUCAUUGAAGCUCUGAUCAUCUUCCAACACAACAUCUUCAUCUCCACUGACACGCCAUCAUCCUCUUCCUCGCUCACCUCUCCAACACAGCGCCAGGAAUGCGAGACUGAAACUCAUGAAGAGAAAAACAGAGCCGAUCCAGAAUGUGGUCAUUCGGUGGGUUCGUCUGGUUCUCAGGACCGUUCUCUGGACUCAGACUCUGAUGGAGACGAUCUGGAGAGAGGAGGUAAACGACGCCCCCCUCUGGUGAGUCAGGAGAGCGAGACCAGCACUGAGGAAGACCAGCUGAGUCCCAGAGUGAGUCUGGACCUGAGCGGACUCGUUCCAGAGACCAUCCCAGAGCAGACCGGUGGGACAGAAGAUACAAACACUGAGCAGACCUCAGAACAGGAAUUUAAAGAGAUCAAAAUACAUGCCAACAAUGACCAAAUAGCAGAGGAAUAAUAUUAAAAUCAAAAAGGUAAUCCAAAAAUGAAAACGGCCAUCAUUUAUUUCACCCUCAUGGAAUAGCCGAUGAUGGACGUUAUUUGCA